AUGUUUGAUUGGAAAAGUUGUGGAUUUUGUGGAACUGACAUCCACCUAAUGGACGAUGGUCGUUUGGCAGACUUUAUUGUUACGGAGCCUCUGGUGAUAGGACAUGAGACUUCUGCCCGAGUCAUAGCCGUUGGCAAAGACGUAACAAACUUGAAAGUUGGAGACCGAGUGGCCGUCGAAACAGCCAUUCCCUGUCAGAAGUGCGAGUACUGUCGCGACGGGAAAUACAAUUUGUGUCCCAUUUCUAACACUCAGGCGAGGGGUGUGCCGCCAAAGCAUGGAUGUCUUCGACGCUAUUACGCACAUCCGUCCGAUUUCUUAUUCAAACUGCCCGACAGCGUGUCGUGGGAAGAGGGGGCGAUGUGUGAGCCCUUCUCCUGUAUAGUCCACGCCUGCAGACGACUCAACAUAAGCGCCGGUCAGAACGUAUUGGUUUGCGGGGCCGGUGCUAUGGGAAUGAUGGCCUUCCUGUGCGCUAAGGCUUUCGGUGCCAACAAAGUGUUUAUUACAGAUCUGAACAAAAGUCGUUUAGCAUUGGCCGAGAAAUUAGGUGUCGAUAAGUCCUAUGCAAUCGAUCCCAAGACUUUCAAUGAUGUGGAAAUGGCGCAGACUAUCAUCAAAGACAUGGGAUGUAAUCCUGAUAUUAGCAUUGAGUGUACGGGCAAUGAUAUGAGCACUUCUAUGGCUAUAUACGCCACGAAAAAUGGUGGCAAAGUCGGAAUCGUUGGGUUGGGAGGACUCAAGAGUACGGUUCCCUUAGUUCACACAGCGAUGAGAGAAAUCGAUUUGAUUGGCGUCUGUAGGUUUAGGGAUGACUAUCCUUUGGCCAUACAAUUGAUUGCAUCCGGAAAAGUGAACUUAAAGCCAUUAGUGACCCAUAAGUUCCCAAUCAAUGAAGCGAUCGAUGCGUUGAAGUUCAUGAAGAGGAAUGUGGAGGGAUCUCUUAAAGUGAUGGUUCACUAUCCUUUGGCCAUACAAUUGAUUGCAUCCGGAAAAGUGAACUUAAAGCCAUUAGUGACCCAUAAGUUCCCAAUCAAUGAAGCGAUCGAUGCGUUGAAGUUCAUGAAGAGGAAUGUGGAGGGAUCUCUUAAAGUGAUGGUUCUCAUGAUCUAA